AAAAAAAAUAUGAACCCUGAUUUCAUAUUUUUUUUAUUUUUUUUGAAAGAGAGAGAGAUUCAAGUUAAGCAGAUCGAAAAUAUUUUGUCUUCCCUUCGACCAGAUCAGAUGAUCACAAUUUUCUAUAUUCUACUCGUGCGUUUUAGACCUUAUUUUGCAACCUUUCUUGUUAAGGAAUGAUUUGUCCCACAACGAACCACGCGUUCAAUAGCAGGUCAUUUUCCGGUGAUGUUGUAGGGCGGUGACUUUUCACUAUGGUUUCGCUAUCAGAAAUUUUUAUAUAUGUUUUGCAAAAUAUUUCUUUUGCCUUAUCUUAAUGGAGAGAUAAUGUUCACUGGUUUUAUUUAUUCUUCUUACACGUAACGUAAAAUUUCACCAAAGAAUGGCCUCAGGUUACAAAGCUAAGCACUUGCGUCACCCACCUUCCUAAGGACCAAGAAACUGGGGAUGUGGAUCCCUAAUUAAUUAUGGGACUUCUCCGCGCGGAUUAAAAUAAUCAGAUAUAUGUUUCACUGAAUCUCAUUGAAGAUGGAUCCUUUCUCCUGAAGGUUUCGAUAACCUCAUCAUCCCAUAUUAGUAGUAGGUUAAAUGCCACCAAUGCUGCAACACAUUACGUUGAUCCCUGCAUGAAUUACGGCCGUUUUCAGCUUCUUGUGACCGUCUUGACACCAAAACAUAUCCUUUGAAAUUUAAACUAGCUAGUAGUUUUGCGGUUCUUUAAAAUUCAUUGCAUCUAUAUUGGCAGCUAGUAGUUCAGAAUUACAGCUGCUUUGGCAUCGCCUAUCAUAUAUCGUUGUUUGGAUUAAGAGGUCCCUAUGUCUAUGAAAUAUUAAGAAACAAAUAAGGAUUAAAUAAUGUGAUGAUAGCAAUUAGGAUGCCAUAACAACUUUUAAUUGUAAUGACUAUCGUAUAUACAUCAUUUAUCGUCGGCCGCUCUGAUUCAUAGCCAUUCUUACUUCCUCUAGUUUUUUAAACAAUGCCUAGCAAGAUUCAAUGUACCGGUCCGAAUCGGAAGGUAUAUCCAAUAUGGAAGAUGUAACGAUACUCGGUAUAUUAAAAAAAAUAUACUAUAUCAAUACUAUACUAGCAUGGCAUUAGUAUGGAGUCCGGUACCACUUUAUUUUUUUUAUUUUUUUUGAUGAAAAAUGGAAGGGGGAGAGAAAACCUCAUCUGCAUAGCAGCCUUCACUGGACCCCCCUUCCACUAGGAAAUGUUCACUGUAGGCCGCAAAUUUUCGCGUACUCUCUCCGACCCGUAGGUUCCUUCCACCGGAUUUAUUACCCACGUGUGAGUACGUCAUCCCAGUCCCACCUCGGUACCGGCAGAUCAGAUAGCGACUCUAUCGGGUAAACUAGGCAGGGGGCAUACGGUCUUCAUGUUUAAUCGAUGCUCGUGCGUUUUGAAUCUGGAUCACUCCGGUUGAAUCUUAGCUCUAUUCUAACUGUGCUACCACCUCGGUACCACUUUAUACAUCAAGAAUAGUAAAGGGAAACAACUGGACUUGCACAUAAAGGAAGCCGGCUGCCUCUGCAAUGACGAAGCCAUUGCCUAGUCAUACGAGACCUUGACGAAGUCCCCCACCACCUUUGUAUAAAUAAAUAAACUGGGUCUCUACAGACUAUCAACGAAGAAAUGGACAUUUGGCUCCUCAUCCAGCUCUCCCUUUCCCUUGCCACCGCACUCACUCUUCUCCUCCGCCAAGCCACCACCAAUGGAACCAAGAAGAGAAGGCUCCCGCCCGGCCCCCCAGCCUUGCGAAUUCUGGGUAACAUUUUCUGGCUCUGGCGUUCCUUUCAAGAGCUGGAGUUCAUCAUCCGGGAGCGCCACUCUCGCUACGAACCCAUCGUCACCCUCCGCAUAGGCUCCCGCCCUGCCAUCUUCAUCUCCGAAAACCCUCGCUCACCGGGCUCUCAUCGAGCAGGGCGCCACCUUCUCCGACCGCCUCGCCCCCCUCCCCGCCUCCCGUUUCCUCAGCAGCAACCAGCAUAUAUCAUCUCCGCCGCCGCCUACGGCCCCUUCUGGCGCCUCCUCCGCCGCAACCAGCUCAUCUCCGAGAUCCUCCAUUCCUCCCGUGUCAAGCUGCAUGCUCCCGGCCGAGCCUGGGUCCUUCGAGUCCUCACCAACCACCUCCGAUCCCAAGCCGAUUCGAAUGGUGCCGGCGCCGUCACUGCCAUGCGGAGCUUUCACGUCGCCAUGUUCUGUUUACUGGUCCUCAUGUGUUUAGGGGAGAAAUUAGAUGAGAAAGCCAUCGAGGACAUCGAGAUCGCAAAUCGAAGCUUCCUACCCUACAGCAGCAAGCUUAACGUCCUUGGCUUCUUUCCAAGAAUCACAAGGUACAUCCUUGGCUUUAUCUGGAACCGGAUAAAGACAGCCUCUCAAAUGUGUCGAAGACAGGCAGAGCUGUUUCUGCCCUUGAUUGAAGCUCGAAAAGAACACAAGAAACAGCAGCAGCACAAGAGGGAAGGAGAAAGGUACGUUCACUCCUACGUUGACUCCCUCCUCGACAUGGAAUUCCCUGAGGAAUGGGGGAGGAAGCUGACGGAUGAGGAGAUAGUAUCCUUGUGCUCGGAGUUUCUGAAUGCGGGCACCGAUAGCACCUCAACGGCAUUGCAGUGGAUCAUGGCGAACCUCGUGAAGCACCAGGACAUACAGGGGAAGUUGGUUGGAAGAGAUCGGCGGGUGGUGGAGAAAGAUAGGGAGGAGAUUAAGGAGGAGGACUUGCAAAGGAUGCCGUAUCUCAAGGCGGUGAUCAUGGAAGGGCUGCGGCGGCACCCGCCGGCCCACUUUGUGCUGCCCCGCACGGCGACGGAGGAUGCGACCUUAGAUGGGCAUUUGAUACCAAAGAACGCGUCGGUUAAUUUUAUGGUGGCGGAGAUGAGCUGGGAUGGGAAGGUGUGGGAGGAGCCGAUGGAGUUCAAGCCGGAGAAGUUCUUGGCCGGAGGGUUGGGCGAGGGGGUGGAUAUAACGGGGAGUAGGGAGAUCAAGAUGAUGCCGUUUGGAGCGAGCAGGAGGACAUGCCCGGGGCUCGGGCUGGCCAUGCUGCAUCUCGAGUACUUUGUGGCCAAUUUGGUGAGGGCAUUCGAGUGGAAGGCUGUGGACGGGGAGGAGGUGGACUUGUCCGAGAAGACGGAAUUUAUGGUUGUCAUGAAGAAGCCUCUGCGACGGGAGGCAUCCCAAUGUACCUCCUGUCCAAUUCCAUUCUUUCACGAUCACUUGAGAGGCUCAUCAGAAAUUUCAUACGGAAGAGGCAUUGUGGCAUUCAUUUGAUGCCUUCAAAGAUGGUAUGCCAGCAGUUUGGAGGUGACUUCAUUAAUGAUGAGACGAAAGGUAUUGGCGAUGUGACAUGCAGCCAGAGUUUUGCUGAAGCAUGAUGGUACGUGGUCCUAGGGUCAAGUAUGGCAGCCUACUGACUGGUACCCACGCAAGGCGUCAUCACUAGGGGUGGCAAUCGGAUCGGGUCGGGUCAUAAACGGAUCGGAUCACA